CUGAUAUAAAACGUGUAAGUUCCAUCUGUAGAGGCUUUACGCAGGAAUGGUACGGACUGAAGCACAGUUUAAAGCCACAAUGAAUUGUUGUGCUCUGGUGUUGUUAUUUUCUUUUUCUGUGGCUGUUGCCAUGGAUACAAGAUGUUGGUCAAGAGAUACAUAUGCAAGAGCCAUCGCUGUGUAUGAAUCCGUAGGAGCAUUCUGCAAAGUCGAAGAAAACUCCGUGGACAAUUGUGUCGUUAUAUCUUGCAAACAGGAUUGUUCUGGGUAUGAGUAUGGCGCUAGCUGGAAUGGCGACCAUGGGUUAAUAUGCGCAUGUCGCAAUGCAAGAGACAUCUAUAGUGAACUACCACAAGACUUAGCCGACGAUUUUGUCCCAAGAGUUGGCGAUGUGUUGAUAAAGCAAUGUGCUCUCUACGGAUGUAUGUAUAGAAGCCAAAUUUACAAACCGGGUGCUGAAAUCAGGCUACGUGGAUUAUGUACUUGCAAGCCAAUGGAGGAUCUUACGGCACGCGAACGCCAAGCAUUGCCAGAUGGUAGUCUUUUUGGAUGGUCUUGUGUUUGAACAAGCAACACAAAAUAGUAUUAAUGACAUACUAGAGUUGCAUAAUCAAUACAUUAUCAAUAUUACUCUUUCAAACUUUAUUUCAUUGUACAAAAGUAAAAUAAAAUACAUGGAAAUACAUCCCGUCAUGUUGAUGAUCUUAACACGUUUUAUGUGACAGUAUUUCAGCAACAUUUCAGCAUUCUUAAUACAUUAGAGUAGCAUUAACCUCCGAACAUAAGGGUACAAAACACGAAAUAUUCUGGAUUUUGAAGCCCUG